AUGGCUAGGGAACGAGUCGGGCGAAUUGUGAUUACGUCCUCCUGCGCGGCCAUAUUGGACACAUCGGACGAGGAAGUAACAGUAUCCGAGGACGACUGGAAUGAUCAGCGUGUUAGAGAAUGUGAGAUACAUGGCCGCAACGCCGUGGGCCUGGCUAAGUACUCUGCCUCCAAGGUCCUAGCAGAGAGGGGUGAGCUAUAA